UCUCCUGGCACCUUGAGCACUGUGAUUGGCUGGUCUGUGAAGUCCAGCCCAGUCAACGGACCCGAGUCACUAAAGUCGAGGCUGAGAUUGAGAUUCUGUAAGAAAUAAGCAGAAAUAGUUACCUGUGGACAGCAGCAGCAGCAGAAAAACAGAGGUCUUCAUCAUGCUGCUAGGUAUUCUAAUCCUUCAUCUUCAACUGCUGCUUGUCGCAUCUUCAUCCUCUGAGGAAGACAGGAGCAGCGAGAGAGACGGACAGCAUAGUAAAGGUUCUUCUCAUCAGCAUCACUGGGGUUACCAAGAUCAGGAUGCAUGGUUAUCUGUAUUUGAACACUGUGGUGGGAAAUCUCAGUCUCCAAUCAACAUAGACACUCAUAAGGUUUUGCAUGAGCCCCGACUGCCCCCCAUUCAGCUGGACGGUUACGAUCUUACUGGCUCACACUCUCUGACCCUUCUCAACAAUGGACACACACUGCAGUUGAGUCUCCCCAACAGCAUGCGUAUCAGGAGGGGAUUUGAUCAAGUUUAUGUUGCAGCUCAGCUUCACUUUCACUGGGGAACCACAGAGGUUCCUGGUUCAGAGCACACCAUAGACAACAUACACUACCCUGCGGAGAUCCACAUGGUUCAUUAUAACUCCAAAUACGCAAAUCUGACGGAGGCAGCUAGUAAAGCUGAUGGAUUGGCAGUGUUGGGAGGACUCAUAGCCAUUGGCCUUCAUGAAAAUAACAACUAUGAAAAGAUCCUGUCUGCUUUAACAGACGUCAGCACAGAGGAGUCACUUACUGUGAUUCCUGGUUUUAAUGUGCGCCACCUUCUGCCAGACAGUUUGGAGAGGUUUUAUAGGUACAGCGGGUCUCUGACGACCCCUCCGUGUCUGCAGACGGUCAGCUGGACUCUCUUCAAUGACUCCAUCAAAGUCUCCAGAAGACAGCUCGCGGCCUUGGAGGAAUCACUGAAAACUGAACACAACAAGCUUCUGUCCAAAAACUUCAGAGCACCACAACUUUUGCAUGGGAGAAAAAUACAGUCAUCUUUCCACACAUCUGAUAGUGGAAAACCCAGAGGAGCUCCACCGACAGAAACACAAGACAAGAAUAUCAAAGAAUCUAGUGGGCACAUUCUGGCAGUGACAUUCGGUGUUCUGUUUGCCGUCACAUUCCUGAUCUUCUCCAUUUACACGUAUCGACAGCACAAAAAGUACUCGAAGUUCAAAAAAGACUCCAAGCAAGAUGUUAUUUAUAAACCAGCUCCUAUAGGAAAAGACACUGAUCAAACUACUGUUACUGUCUCAUGAACAAUAGUCACUUUUUUGUUGAUGUUGAUGAUUUUUUUGUUUUUAUGUUGAUUUGUUGUUCGUUUUGGAAUUUCUAUAUGUCUCGAUACAAAAUAAUGUUUGCAAAUUAGUAAAAAAAAGAUUUCAAAAGAUGAAAUUAGUAAAAGAUGUAGAAAAAACGUUUUAGUAAACGCACUGCACAACAAACAUUUACAUUGUAGCGAUGUCUGUACAACGUUGCAUUUUUGUGCUCGCUACAUCGUUACAACAUAGAAAUGUAAGACGUGAGAAGGCUGUAGCAACGUUUUCGUGUGACAUUCAGCAACCGUGAGACAACGUUCUUACUACAUGUAGCAAUGCUUUUUUCCUGGCAGUUUAUCAAUACUGCCUAGAAUACAGGAUAAGCAGUAAUACUUUCCAUUAUCGAUUAAUAUUAAAUAUUGUUUGUUUAUUUUUUAUUUAAUUAAAAUAAUUACAUUUUUUUUAUUUUAUUUUGAAAGCUUUGAAGUGUAAAAAUGCCACACAAAUGAAUAUAAUGAAACUUUUUUAUUAUAUAUUUCACAACAUUUAAUACAGUUCACAUCUAAUUAUAAGAAAACAGUAUAAAAUAAAGUUUAGAUUAUAUUAAAUAAUUAACGAAAUAUAAUUAAAUGGCUAAAUUUAAAUGUCAAUUGAGAAAGUAAACAAACAAGAAAAAUGAACAAAAAAGCAUUCAAAUAUAAAUAAAUAAAUAAAUAAAUAAAUAAAUAAAUAAAUAAAUAAAUAAAUAAAUGUAAAGGUUGGUACAACGUUGUAGGAAGGUUGCCACGUUGAGGCAACGUUGUGUGUUUGUUGGGAGUUUCUUAGCCAAAACUGUUAUACAGUUUCAGAUGUGUGAAAUUCCUCUUUGUUUUAAUGAUAUAUUGUCUUUGUUGUAUUCUUUCUUACAGUGGAUUGUAGAUAAAUGUUCAUUUCCUCCAUGGCUUUUUUGUUUUUGAUUUAAUAAAUGUUUCCUUAAUA